GCAACAGAACAAUACAUUGACCACGUUAGCAAAUCUGAGGGCAAUUAUGGUCAUGGCGGCUAAAUACAAGCACAACCAGCCUUGGUUGUUACUGAAAGAAUCUGCGCGCCGAGUUUAUAAGGUUGUAAAUAGCGAGUUUGGAAUGCGCCUUCCGCCUUACUGCUGUUAAAAAAGAAAAGCAACUGCUAUAUGACUUUGCUUUUGUGUACACUCAUUUUUUUUUAACACGAAUCCCAGUUUGGAGCACCUACAACACGGGUAUGGCGAUGCCGUGUGUGUCACAGGAAGCAGGGCGCAGGCCCGGCCCGGCUGACCUUUCACCCGCCGGCGGUGUGUCUCCCUCUCCGGGCUCGCAUUGGUCACUGAGGCGGCAUGACAUUUGGUGAGAUCACGAGUAGGCCGGAGGUUGCACAUACGAUCUCCCUUCCUGACAGAGAAAUUUCACAUGUUUUAAGGAGAUUGGUGUUGUUUAAAGUUCGGAAAAUGCGGUAGCCAGACGUGGGGUUUCAAAGAAGAUACCUAUACGAUGUAACACAGAAAAUAACCUGUACAGUAUAUAUACUGUGAUAGGUAAAAAGAGCCGUUCGUUGGCAGUCAGUCGUCGUACUUCUCUUACGCAGCUGGAAGUCUAUCCGAUGAGGGCGCGCGGCCGGCCGGACGAUGCAAGAGAAGAGGAACAUUCAGAUCAUAGAAUGGGAGGAUCUGGACAAGAGGAAGUUCUACUCCUUCGGGGUGUUCAUGACCAUGACCAUCCGAGCAGGAGUGUACCCCGCCACGCUCAUCCGCACCCGGCUGCAGGUGCAGAAGGGGAAGUCCCUGUACGGCGGCACGCUCGACGCCUUCCUUAAGAUCCUCCGGGCCGAGGGCGUGCGCGGACUCUACCGCGGGUUCCUGGUGAACACCUUCACCUUGAUCUCUGGCCAGGGCUACAUCACCACGUACGAGCUGGCCAGGAAAUACAUCUCCGCCUACUCCGAGAACAACGCCUUGAAAUCGCUGGUGGCCGGCGGGUCGGCGUCUCUGGUGGCUCAGAGCAUCACGGUCCCCAUUGACAUCGUCUCCCAGCACCUCAUGAUGCAAGGACAAGGGGGCCACAUGGGCCGCUUCCAAAUCCAGCCCAAAAACGUUUUGGCGGCAAAGCACAAAUGGAUGUUUGGCCAGACCAGAGACAUUAUAGUUCAGAUUUUUGCAGCCGACGGCGUCCGGGGAUUUUACAGGGGUUACGUGGCAUCUCUCUUGACGUACAUCCCGAACAGCGCAGUGUGGUGGCCUUUUUAUCAUUUCUAUGCAGAACAGCUCUCCAAAUGGGCACCCAGUGAAUGCCCACAUCUGCUCCUUCAAGCUAUGGCUGGACCUUUGGCAGCAGCAACUGCCUCUACUGUCACCAACCCUAUGGAUGUGGUCAGGGCCAGAGUGCAGGUGGAAGGCAAGUCUUCUGUGAUCGAGACUUUCAGACAGCUCCUGGCUGAGGAAGGCUGCUGGGGCAUGACCAAGGGGCUGUCGGCCCGCAUCAUCUCCUCCACGCCGACUGCCAUCGUCAUGGUCGUGGGCUACGAGACCCUGAAGAAACUGAGCCUCCGACCGGAGCUUGUCGAUUCCAGACACUGGUAGAGAAGGGAAAGCAGCUCAGAGUCUGUGCCCUUUCUCCCUGUGCUCCAGCCCCGUUUAUUAUUUUCUUUACAACACUUUCAACGUGUUGCCCGGUGAAACUUUGUUUUGGGAAGGGAACAACUAUUAUCAUGUUAAGUCAGGGGUGGGUGCUUCUGUUUUCUUGAGGAUACUGUAAAUGUCUGUAACAGCUCCCUGACAAUUUAUAUAAAUUUACCCGAUAUAUACAUUCUUGAAGAAAGAAACCUACGUUCUUCUAAGUUUUUGUGUUGUGAAAUACCAAUGAAUUAAGAGAGAGUACUCCUUAAACCUCUUGUAUACAGUAUGUUGAGAUGAUAAAAUAAUUGUCUCAUUUUUAAAUUACAAUGGGAAUAACUCUUUAAAGGGCAACUCUAGAUCAUAAAUUAGGCUACAAACUCUUAUUAAGCCUAUUCUGAAUCUGAAGAAUUAGGGAAAAGGUUUGAAUAUUGCUGUUCCAUCAGUUUUGAAAUUGAUCUUUGCUCCAUCUACUGUAUAUACUACUGCUGAACAUGGGAAACAUCAUGUUCAGUUCUGCCAGUGUAGCUAUGGAAUUGCAUUGUUCUCUGUACAAAGGAGAUGUAGCCACAUCUGUGAAAACCAUUAAAGCACAAGACCUUUGGUCAUUUUAACAGAGUGCUGGAGUUAAAGGUGGACAUUGUGAGAAAUGAAUGCAUAUUUUCUGAGUAUUACUACAGCAUUGUACAGUAGGUGGAUUUUCAAAUUAAUGUUAAAAAAAACUUUUCAAAGAAUGAUGGUAGGCCCAUAUCCUUAUACCUUUUUACAGCAGUCAGAGUUAUAUCAAGUCAAAAUUUGGAACUUUUUUGAAAUUCUCUUGGGUCUCUAUAUACAGUAGAAGCAUAAUACAGUAGAUGUAUUGCAAUCUUAUCAACAGCUUAAAACUACACUCAAAGUAAUGUUUUGGGCCAAAUUCCAUUUUUACCAAAUAUUGUGGAUUAGCUGCUUCAUGUAAAUUAUAUGUAUGUCAUGUUUCUCUGUAACUAAUACUUUAUAAGUAUUAGGCUGUAAGUCUAUUGGUCAGUACUGCUGGCAUACCCAGUUGGAGCACGGUGUGAAACGUCUGAGAGGUGGUGUUUAAGCAAGCCGCUAACGUCUUUUAAAGCAUAGUCUUCAUCCACUGAAUCUUGUUAGUGCAUCUGCAAGGUUUAUCCUAAGCUGUCGGUUUUAUAUUCAACUUUAUGGAAGAAGGAUGAAGAAUUUAUUUUAUCACAACACUACCACAUUCCUCUUAAUCCAUGAUCUAGUGACGGGGACUCACAUUUUCGGACAGGAACCAUCUCUCACUGGCAUCAAAUGUGUGAUAUUUUCUAAGUCAGAUUUCUCAAGUGCCCGUAACAGGGUUCUAAAAAAAGGUUUUUUUUUCUGUGCAUUUACUAGACUCGUCUUUCCAGGCUAGUAUGUGACGGCAAACUGAAAUUGUGGUAUAGCUCAGCCGGAAUCUGGGGACAAGCAGAAGAUCUGAAGAAAAUCUCAGUGCUUUCCAUCCAAGAGAAAGUAUCAAAUCAGCAUCUUAACUUACAAUAGAAAUUGAUCAAUUUUGAAUUAAGUCAUAUCUGUGAUUUACUUUUAGAAUAUUUUAGAAGUUUUCGUUUACAUUGUCUAAACUUUAGAAAGAAUUACUUUUGUUGCCUUAGUCACAAAAAGCAGAUUUGCCAAAUUCCUUCAGACAGUUUUCUUGUUUUCUGGUUGGUUUGUCAGAUCAGUCUUACAGAUGACAAAACUGCUUCUCAUUACAGAAGCGCAAUAUGGAAGCAAAAAAUAUGACAUGACUGGUCAGAUUCCAGAUUGCGAGUGUGGUUAGUUCUGUACUAAAUGGCCAAAUAGCUGGAGCUAAUCUGGUGAGCAUAUCUUCAUUCAGAUGACCAUAUUCUUAUGUUUCAUCUAGGUACUCCACAUUGAAGAAAAAAAUAAACAGGAUAAGUACUUUACUUCACUGUCACCAACUAUAAAUGUAAAAACUUUUAACCCAGAUGUACAGAGCUAGCACUUCAGAUCCUGUACAACACUCUUACCAGAUGGGGUACCACUCGCAGUAUACCUGAUUCUCAAAAAUUGUUCAUCUGCAAUUGGAUAUUGAAUAUUUUUCUCAGUUAGAUGAUGACCUAUUUCAUUUAUUUAAUUUCUCAAAUCAACCUUAUAUUGCUGGGUGUACAGAUGUACUGUGAAUGUGACGUUAAAAACUUACUAAGGCAAUUUCAAUUAGCGAACAGUGGAGUAGCCUGUUGCUAUAGGGUAAAGCUAUUUUUAUGUCCUAAUUGAUUUUUGGAUUUCGUAAUCUGUAAGUAUACUAACCUAUUUACAGAUAUGACUCUGUAAAACAAUUCAACAUGUAUAGCAGUUAGUGCAGUGGCAAGCUGUAAAAUAUGGUACUGAAUUAAACUGUUAUAUUAUUAAAACAGGAGAUGGUAAAAAAAAUCAAAGAUUGAUUUUGGAAGCAGUUUAAAUUAUAUCAGUGUUUUUUUUAAGCACUUUAACUUGAUAGCACCAUAGAGCACUCCUCUCUGUAAUAUUGUCCGUGUUGCUUACUAAAGCAGUUCCAUAGUCUUUGUGUUUGCAUAAAAUCUUCCCAGUCUCUGUUUUGGAGUGUCUGGCCUCCUGCAUUCAACUGCAUUAAACAUGACAGACAUUGGUCAUUACACUGAAUCCAUCUUUUAAUAGAACAUGCAGUUCUAAAGUACCUGAACGGAAGUUUCAGUGCAGAAAACAAAACCUACAAAAUGACUUCUGGAAGCAGCAGCAUUUUGAGAGCAACACUUCACUUCAGGAAAUAGCCUGCAGUAUCCACAAUAUGAAAGCUUGGUUUGCCUUUUUUAAUCAUGAAUUAUAUUUUCAGAAGAGAUGUUAACUAUGGGAAAUAACUUUAAAACUUGAAUUCCUUUUUUUCUCAACAGGUUUGGUUUUUGGGUGAAAGAAUGAAUAUUCAUUUAAUUUAAAUUUUAUGGAGUCUUGUUGUAAUAACGUCCAUAAAAUGAUCCCUUAUUCCUCUUUCCUGCUCUAAAAAUGGUGUUUGUAAUUCUAAGCAAUUUGAAAAUUUCAACCAAUGCAUGGUUUAUUCAUUAAAGAUUUUCAUUGAUACACUGUAAUUAUGUUGUCCAUGAGGUGGCGCACUGGACUGCAAUGAGAGUAGGAAAAGUACCCAUAUACUGUACUUAAUAUUGCGGUUCUUGAGUUGUUUGGAAUCAAGCUGGAGGGUUUUGUCAGUGCAAUAUCAUGUAUAGUUUAUUUUUCCCUCUCCAUUAUUUGUGUAGUAAAGUGAUCUUAUCUUACUUCCAGCUUGUAAGACUUUAUUUGGUGGUGGUAUUUACAAAGAUCCAUGGGUUGGAUAUCAUGUUUUGUUUUCAAUGCUUGUCAUUUUAAUAUUUAUUAAGGAGUUAGAUUUAAAAAGUUGCUUUCUUGCCAACAUCAUGUACAAUAUUUCUCAGAAACCUUUCAUUAUUAAAUUCUAAUAAAACUGUGAAACAA